AACCUCUCUCUCUCUCUCUCUCUCUCUCUCUGUGAAGCGCUCAAAGAUCAACGACGACAUUCUUUCAAAACUCUAUUUUGUUUCUUUAGUCUUAAUCUUUUUUCGGGCUAUCUUGUUUCUUCGUUUGUGUUUAUUUAUCUGAUUUUGCAGGGUUUCGCUAUCUUUCUCUCUAUCUAUUGCUCUGUGUGUGUGUGUGUAUAUAUAUAUAUAUUGUGUUUGUUUUAGAGUUAUGGAUGCAGGAUCUUGGAUUUCUUCUGUGAACUUGAAGGACCAAUCUCGGUGCCCACUUCAAGAACAGUUUAUGCAGAGAAAGAACGCUCGAGAAAAUUUGGAUAGAUUCAUACCGAACAGAUCAGCAAUGGACUUCGAUUACGCACAUUACAUGCUGACAGAAGGGAGGAAAGGUAAGGAGAACCCAACUUCAAACUCACCAUCAAGAGAGGCCUACAGGAAGCGGCUGGCUGAGACCUUCAACAUGAACCGGACCCGAAUCCUCGCCUUCAAAAACAAGCCGCCUGUCCCGGUGGAGUCCUUCCCGCGUGAAUUCUCCUCUUCUCUCAACCAUGAUAAGCCUACGAAGUCCCGGCGAAACAUUCCUCAGACUUCUGAGAGAACAUUAGAUGCUCCUGACCUGGUUGAUGAUUACUACCUAAAUUUACUGGACUGGGGAAGCUGCAACGUUCUCGCAAUUGCUCUUGGAAAUACGGUUUAUCUCUGGGAUGCUUCGAACGGUUCGACUUCUGAACUUGUCAGUAUUGAUGAGGAAGAUGGCCCCAUUACCAGUGUUAACUGGGCUCCUGAUGGCCGGCACAUUGCCAUUGGUUUGAACAAUUCUGAAGUACAGCUGUGGGAUUCAACAGCAAAUCGACAGCUAAGAACAUUGCGAGGUGGUCACAGAUCACGAGUGGGGUCGUUGGCAUGGAACAAUCAUAUCCUUACAACUGGAGGAAUGGACGGCACGAUCAUCAACAACGAUGUAAGAAUCAGAGAACACAUUGUUGAAACCUACAGAGGGCAUGAACAAGAGGUUUGUGGCCUAAAAUGGUCGUCCUCAGGUCAGCAAUUGGCGAGUGGAGGUAACGAUAAUCUCCUCCACAUCUGGGACAGAUCAAUGGCAUCCUCAAAUUCAGCAACACAGUGGCUUCACAGGCUCGAGGACCAUAUAUCUGCCGUGAAAGCCCUCGCUUGGUGUCCUUUCCAGAGCAAUUUGCUUGCCUCUGGUGGAGGUGGAGGCGAUAGAUGCAUAAAGUUCUGGAAUACCCAUACGGGUGCGUGCUUGAACUCGGUGGACACUGGCUCGCAGGUUUGUGCUCUGUUAUGGAACAAGAACGAAAGAGAGUUGCUUAGCUCUCAUGGGUUUACUCAGAAUCAGCUCACACUUUGGAAAUAUCCAUCAAUGGUGAAGAUGGCAGAGCUAAAUGGUCAUACUUCUAGAGUUCUUUUCAUGGCUCAGAGCCCAGAUGGUUGCACUGUGGCAUCGGCGGCAGCUGAUGAAACACUCAGAUUUUGGAACGUCUUUGGGGUCCCGGAAGUGGCUAAACCUGCUCCCAAAUCAAACCCUGAGCCCUUUGCUCACGUGAAUCGUAUCCGUUGAUGAGGAUAAAAGCUGAAGAUUUCAAAUGGUCUCUGCCAAAUAUAGUGUGAAUACAACGGUUUGUUGUGCGAUCACUCCACUCAUCUUAAAAUCAAUAGGAAAAUGUAAAUCACAUCAUUUCAGAUUUCACUUGGUACUAUAACUUGUUGUACUAGGCGUAAGUUGGUUACCCUAUUUCUCCCUGUAAAGUAAGAUUGCAGAUUUGAUCAAUUCAGAUUUGAAGAGGCUUUCUUUAUUCCUU